AUGUCGACCCGGUCCAAGUCGACGAAGCCCCGCCGCGGGUUCUUCGCGGUCGGGAUGAACAAGAAGAGCCCCGCGCAGGCAGCAAACAGCCGGCGGCAGAGCGUCCGCCGCUCGGUGCUCCGCGCGGACGCACCUGAGCUCCGGCUCGCGUUCGACACCGACUCGGAGGAGUCGUUUGGCGACGGGAUCAAACCCCAGUCGGCCUCGCCUUGCCGGCCCACCUUUGAUCACCGCCACCGCCCAGUCGACAUGGCUGACACCCUCGCCCAGCCGCCGUCUCCACGCGUGUCCGCACCACGUCCCGCGAGCCUUUCGACGGUGAUGGAGAAGAGCCUCGACGCUGAACUACGUCCACCCUCCGCGCAGCCCCACGCGUCCAACUCCAAAGUGCCCCCGCAGACGCCUGCGCGACGUCCUCCGAAACACAGUGCUACGCUACCCCCUCCCCCUCCCGUCCCCAAACCCGAGCCGGAAGCUAACCGAGGCCUCUUCCGGCGGAUCACCUCCAAAAUCCGUCCUUCAAAUGCCCGAAAAGACCCCAGCGUCAGCCCCGAGCGUUCGCGUAAGCCCACGCUCCGGAUGCCCAAGGGUCCCGCCCCCGUCGCCGCCAUCAACAACGACUUCACGUCAACCGAGCACCGCCAGGCCGCGCUGCGCGCCAUGGGCCUCAAGCCCGCCGUCGCGCCCGCCGCGUUCAAGACCCCGGACGGGCUGAUGAAGUCGCUCAGCGAGCAGGAGAAGGAGCUCGACCGGCGCGUCGCCGUCGUCGUCCCGCGCUCCUCGGCGGAGCUCGAGGACGGCGGGGCGAGCGAGGCCCGCCAGAUCCGCGAGGCGUGGCUUGCGAAGCAGACGUUCCGCGGGCCCGCGAGCACGGGCGACGCGGUCGUGCGCGCGAGUGAGGACGGGCGCAUCGGCGACCGCAGUCCCGUGCGCGCGACGUUCGUCGCGGCCACGAGCCUAACGGCGCGCGCUGGCGAGAUCGGCGACGAGUCGACCGAGAGCGGGUGUGGCUCCGAGGACUUCCACACCGCGCCGAACUCGCCCUUCCCGCCCCCACCCGCCUCGCCCCCCGUACCCCCGAAGGACACCAAGGAGUCAAAGGACGCGGACCGCGUCGACCGCUGGCUGAGCACGGCGUCGACGCUGCCCACACCCCCGCCGUCCGAAGCGCACCUCGCCCCGCCUACGGAUGACGCGGACGCGCAGCGACAGACGCCGUCACCCGCAGGGACGCUGCGCGCCCGGAAGGAGAAGCCGCCGCCGAUCAUCGUCACCCCCCACCGCUCCUCGCGCGACAAACCGCCGCCGCCCUCCCCACGCGCGCGUCCCGCCGCGGACCCCGCCGCCGAUGACACUGCGCGCCCGCCGUCUUCCCCGCUGUCCGUACGCGGGCGCCGCACCGCGCCGUCCUCGCCCAUGCUCGCGGUGCCCCCGUCCCCGCGCUUCGCCGGCCCCCCGCGCCUGGCGGAAAGCACGAGCGAGGAGAGCACGUCGAGCCGCGCGCGCUCGGGGACGCUCCCCGCGCUGUCCCCCACGCGCACGGUGGACUCGACGGGCGGGGACUCCGCGCUGCAGACCCCGACGACGCAAUCGUGCCACGCGGCGGGCGCGCGUGAGCCGUCGCUCCCGCGCUCGUCCGACCACGGACACGACGCUGGCGCGCGCGCGCGACGCGAGCCCCUCGGCCCUGGGAUCCCGGCCAUGAAGCCCCCCGGGCCUGGUCCGAUCCCAGAGGAGUACAGCGAGACGGAGCCGUCUGAGUCGGAGGAGGGCGGCGCGGAGGGCGAGUUUGGCUCGGGGCGCGUGACGGUGCGGCCGCGCCCGCCGCGGCAAGACACGGCAGAGGCCGCCGCAGCGAAGGAGGAGGGGCGGAAGUCGUUCAGCUUGUUCGGGAAGAAGAGCUCGCUCGACUUGCCCCGUGACACGAGAACGGCGUCGUCGAUGAUGAACCUCCGCCGUGCGUUCACGCACUCGAAGAACUCGCGACCGAAGCCGAAGCUCGACCCCGCUGCUGCCGGCGCGCGCACGCAACCACCGCCGUCGCCGACGUUCCUCACCGCGUCUGCAGCAGCGCGAACGCCGGGCGUGGGCCUCCGCGCGGGUAUCCAGCCUACGAUACACAGCCGCGGGUCGAUCCUCGCCGGCACGCACGCGAUCGAAGACGAGGAGAGCAGGCGGCUGAGCGAGAUGGCGUUCCUGCUGUGA